CUGCAGCUGGGUAAAUGUUCGCAGGAUACGCGCGAUCGAGUCGAAUUUGCGCCACAUAACGGUGCAAUUAAAGCGUGAUUAUAUCAGUUAAUCACAGUGGUGAAUGAAAACGUCGCGGAUUAAGCGCGAUAACCCUGGAAACGCUGCAUUUGUUCGCUGCAAAGUUGUAAAUGAUCAUUGGCACUGGUUUGCUGGAGCUGCUGUUGAAACAUUGGAUCCGCAGUGAAUGUACAUCAGCUCGUCUUGUUUCACCUUUUACCACAGGUGGAGUAUGAGUGUGGAGUCGAAGUUCUGCUGCGAUGCGUGCUAUUGGCUGUAGGAUGAACCUGCCUGCAGUGCUGAAUGGCUUGCUGGUGUCAGUGGUGGCAGCCUUGCUCUGGAAGUACGUUCGCCUGAUUGAACACACGUCACAGUUGGAAGAAGAGCUACAUCUCACACGCCAAUCACAGGAGUUCUCACAGGUACAAAUCGACUACCACGGCGCCCUGUUAGCACUCCAAGAGCAUGGCACCAGAAUGGUCUGCACUGGCAAGAUGCACACCGACCGCAUCUGCCGCUUUGACUACCUCUGCUACUGCACAGAGGCAGAGGAGUUUGUAUUCUUCCACAGUAAUGCCUCUGUGAUGCUGCCCAAUCUUGGACCUCGUCGUUUCCAGCCUGCCCUUCUAGACCUCUCAUCUGUUGAGGAUCACAACACUCAGUACUUCAACUUUCUGGAGCUCCCUGCUGCAGCUCUAAAGUUCAUGCCUAAACCUGUGUUUGUGCCAGACGUCACUCUCAUUCUGAACCGAUUCAACCCUGAUAACCUCAUGCACAUCUUCCAUGAUGAUCUUCUGCCUAUUUACUACACCAUGCAGCAGUAUUCAGACUUGAAUGAUGAGGGCAGGCUUGUCUUCAUGGAGGGCUGGGGUGAGGGAGCUCACUUUGAUCUCUACCGCUUGCUGAGCAGUAAGCAACCACUACUCAAGGAACAAUUGAAAGCCUUUGGCAAACUCAUGUGCUUCACCAAAUCCUAUGUGGGAUUGUCAAAGAUAACAACGUGGUACCAAUAUGGCUUUGUACAACCGCAAGGACCCAAAGCCAACAUUCUGAUUUCAGGCAAUGAAAUUCGUCAAUUUGCUUCGUUUUUUAUGGAGAGGCUUAACAUCUCGAGACAGGAGAAGAUGGACGAUGAUGAUUACAUUGUAGUUUUUAAACGUACCACUAACAGGCUCAUUCUUAAUGAGGCCGAACUUAUUCUGGCUUUAGCCCAAGAUUUUCAGAUGAGGACUGUCACUGUGUCUUUGGAGGAGCAGUCAUUUGAUAACAUUAUCCAAAUUAUUAGUGGGGCAUCUAUGUUGGUCAGCAUGCACGGAGCCCAGAUGAUCACCUCCAUGUUCUUGCCACGUGGUGCUGCUGUGGUGGAGCUCUUCCCAUAUGCUGUAAACCCAGAGCAGUACACGCCCUACAAAACCUUAGCCUCUUUACCUGGCAUGGACCUUCAGUAUGUCACAUGGAGGAAUACCUUUGAAGAGAACACUGUUACAUAUCCUGAUCGCCCCUGGGACCAAGGUGGCAUCAUCCACUUGGAGAAAGAGGAACAAGAACGUAUCCUCGCCAGCAAGGAGGUGCCCAGACAUCUCUGUUGUCGUAAUCCAGAGUGGCUUUUUCGCAUUUACCAGGACACUACAGUGGACAUUCCCUCCUUUCUGGAUGUACUCAGAGAGGCUCUAAAAACCAAGACUAAUCUCAAGAAGGCCAAAGUGGCUAGCACAGUACAUCCUGGUCGUGUCAGAGAGCCCAAGUGCCAGACGUCAGUACAGGCCACUAAUGAAGCAAAGCUCUCAGUAUCGUGGCAGAUCCCUUGGAACCUGAAGUACCUGAAAGUUAAAGAGGUGAAAUAUGAAGUGUGGAUCCAGGAGCAGGGAGAGAACACAUAUAUGCCUUACAUCCUUCCCCAACAAAACUAUACCUUUUCAGAGAACAUCAAACCCUUUACCACUUAUCUAGUAUGGGUGCGGUGUAUCUUUAAUAAGAACCUUCUGGGCCCGUUUGCAGAUGUUCUUAUAUGUAAAACCUGAUUCAGUAAUCAGAACUCAAAUGUUACACUGUUGUUAACGAACCCAGUGGAGAAUUAAUCAUAGGAUUAUUUCUAUGGAGCUUUCCUGAGAAUGAAAUGGUGUGACAUGGGUGAUUUUUCAACCUUGGUUGAUUAUUUUCACUUGAUUUUUCUUCAUGGUCCUUAUGAAGCAUUACAGAACUGAGUGAAAAUAAGUAACUGCACUGCAAUGAAGGUCAGAAGGGAAUGCAAUCUACAGAACUGCCAACCCAUUUAAAUUUCAGUUCACCAUCCAAGGAAAGUUCUCAUUGGUUUUAUUUAUUUAGAAAUGUAGUGUAUUAUGUGGUUUCUAUUUGUAUUUAUAAGUCCUUGACACCUGCUUUUGUUGACUGAGAGACUGCAAACUUUGACAUAUUUUCUGCGACUCAAUUGACUUGAACUGGAUUGUAUGUGACUGAGUGUGCCCUCUCGUUCCCAAGGUUUUGCAUUUUUUUUUUUUUUUUUCACAUUUAUUUGGAUUAGGAAAUAUAGUGUGGAGUAAUUGCAAACUAUUCAGAACAGGAAAUAAAGAAAGUCCAUUUGUAGAUAUCUGCUACUUAAAAAUAGGCUGCUUAUAGCUAGUUUCGUUAUCUUUAAAAAAAAAAUAAAUAAAUAAAAUCCCACUAGCCUCAAAACCAUUAAUUAUUAUUUAUUAGAAUAAAAUGGAAUAUUAUUGAUUGUUUGCCUGUGAGAUAAGGAAUUUAGAUAAUUCAUUGAAGGUCUGAAUUCAGUAGAUCUUUGAUGAUUGGGUGAAGUUUUGGUGGCAUGUCAAUAAGUAGCUGUAUAUUUUGUGCAAUAAUAGUAUGGAUGGUGUUAGCAGUGUAGUGGUUACAGAUUUUGGCUGGUAAUGCAAAGGAAAUGGAUUCCAACCUUGGAAAGGUCAAUCCACAAAUUGUAGAGUUACUGAGUUGUACUGAUAGUUGGUUGUGGUUAAAAGCAUUUGCUAAAUGUCAACUAAAGAAGUAACAUUACUUCAAUAAAACCCUCUAUGAAUGCAUAAGCCUUACAGAAUUCCAAAUUUAAGAUGUUUACUGAGUAGUUGUUUCAUAUGCUGUGCAAAGAAUCCACUGUUCAAAUGUGCUUCUUAUGUCCUUUCAUUUAACAAAAUAAUGAACUUAUACAAAAUCUACACCAAUGAGCUAAAACAUUAUGAUCACCUGCCUAAUAUGCUGUUGGUCCUCCAUUGCCUCCAAAACAGCCCGACCCGCAGAGGCAUGGAGUCUAUAAGAGCCCUGAAGGUGUCCAGUGGUAUCUGGCACCAAGACAGUGUGCUGUGUGGCAGGGCGCAUUAUCCUGCUGAAAGAGGCCAUUGCCAUCAGGGAAUACCAUUGCCAUGAAAUGGUGUGCCUGGUCUGCAACAAUGUUUAGGUAGGUGGUACAUGUCAAAUUGAUGCCCACAUGAAUGGCCAGACCCAGGGUUUCCCAGCAGAACAUUGCCCAGAGCAUCAUACACUCUCCACCGGUUUGUCAUCUUCCCACAGUGCAUCCUGGUUCCUUCACUUCCCCAGGUAAAUGGCGCAUAUUUACACGGCCGUCCAGGUAAUGUAAAAGAAAACGGACUCAUCGUACCAGGUGACCUUCUUCCACUGCUCCAAGGUCCAGUUCCGACGCUCGCAUGGCCAUUUUAGGCGCUUUCGACAGUGGACAGGGGUCAUCAUGGGCACUCUGACAGGUCUGCUGCUACGUAGUGGCCCCAUACGCAGCAGGGUGAGAUGCACUAUGUGUUGUGACAUAUUUCUCCCAUAGCACUCAUUAAAAUUUUCUGUGACUUGUGCCACAGUAGACCUUCUGCCGGUUCGGACCAGACGAGAUAGCUUUUGUUGCCCUCGCACAUCGAUGAGUCUUAUGCGCCCAACAAUCUGUCGCCGGGUUGUGGUUUGUCCCUCCUCGGACCACUGUCGGUAGGUUCUUACCACUGCUGACUGGGAGCACCCCACAAGCCUAGCAGUUUCAGAGAUGCUCUGACCCAGUCGUCUGGCCAUAACAAUUUGGCCCUUGUAGCUCAGGUCUUUACUUCUGCCCAAUUCUCCUGCAUCUAACAUGUUCCUGUGAGUGGUCAUAAUGUUUUGGCUCUGUGUAUAUCGCAGACAUCUCUAGUGAAGGACCACAAACCAAUUUCUGUUGCUUUAGAUACUGUGCAUGUCUUUUAUAUGUCUUAAAUGCACAAAGACGAGCUGUGUUGUGCUGGUGAAAAAAGAAGAAUGAAAAAUGUACUUUAUUUCUGCAAAUUAUUUAUCAAAGAAGUCUCUGGAAUGCUUUACAUACUGUAACCCAGAUUUGUCAAGGGUUCCACUGUGUGUUUGAAAUAUUCAAAUUCACUGCUGUGAUCAAUGAAUGAAACAUAAAAUUCAGCAACCAUCCACAUUAUUUUUUUCUUUUUUUUCUUUGUUGAUCUAUAUUGCCUGUUAAGUAACCUGUAUUGAGGUUUCUCUUUGUCCUUCGCUUUAAGGGUGUACGGCUUAACAUGGAAAUCAAUUAAAUUGAUGCUUAAAUGCAUUAAACCAAGAACAUUUCUAAUUGAAAUUUGCAAGCUUCAGCCAUGCUUUUUAUUAGCAUUCCUGUUUUGAUAGUAAUUAUAUUCAUGUUAAAAAUUAGCAUAAUUCAUUUAAUCUGUGUAUAAUAUAAAAUAGCAGAAAUGGCCUGUGCAUAUGAUCAGAGAGAAAAGUUAUCUACAAUUUUCUGGUUUCUUCUCUCAUUUCAAUAAUUUGAAGGUAGUUUAGACAUAGAAAGGGAAGGAUGUAUGUCGAAUUGGAGACUUUAGUCUUAAUUAUUCCUGUAAACUUUCCCGUUCCCUGUGCCAGUUGAUGAAAUUUACCAUUAUGUGCCACUGGAAUGUCAUACAUCAUUUUUGUCACUUUUUAAUAGGGCUGGGGGAUAUGGCUGCAAAACAUUCCCCAUAUUUUUCAGCUUAUUGACAUUAUUCAAUAAAUAUAUUGAUAAUGAUGUAUUUGUAUUGAAAUGGCAUUAAAAGUUGUUGUUUUUUUAAUCUGAGGAACUAUCAUUUUAACCAAACAGCAAUUGUAGCCAAGUAUUCUCAAAAUGUUUAAUGCAUGAAAUUAAAAAGGCAUGUUUUCCACAGUUUUUCACUAAAUUAACACAAGGUAGAAUGUUAUUUAAUAAUUUUCAUUUAGAUGCACCAGUACAACAAUACAGUAAUAAAAAGCAAUAAUUACAUAUAUUUUACUAAAACAUUUCUUGUGAAUUAACAUGGUGUGCAAAAACUAAGUUCGCUCACUUUUUGAAACCUAGUUGAAUUUUAUUAUGAGACAAUAUAAUACUGAAUUAUUAAUAUUAUAAUUGUUAUUAUUCUGGUUAUAUUUGAUUUGUACAAUAGUAUUAUAUUUUUGUCGUGUUUACUGCACUUGGAGCUUUUAUUUUGGUGGAAAGCAGAAAGUGCUGUCGUAUUUAGUGCAUCUUCACCUAGAGCUUUUAUUUUGGUUGAAAGUGCUGUCGUAUUUACUGAAUCUUUACCUGGAGCUUUUAUUUUGGCAGAAAGCAGAAAGUGCUGUCAUAUUUACUGAACAUUCACCUAGAGCUUUUAUUAUGGCAGAAAGCUGAAAGUGCUGCCGUAUUUACUGAAUCUUUACCUGGAGCUUUUAUUUUGGCAGAAAGUGCUGUCGUAUUUAGUGCGCCUUCACCUAAAGCUUUUAUUUUGGCGGAAAGCUGAAAGUGCUGUCGUAUUUAUUGAACCUUCACCUGGAGCUUUUAAAUUGGCGGAAAGCUGAAAGUGCUUUCGUAUUUACUUCACCUUCAGUAAUGGCUUAUAUUUUGGCGGAACAUGGGAAGUGCAGUGUGUAUUUGACCGUUUCCAAAGAUUCUCACUAAAAACCUUGUGAAAUGCUGUCACCUUUUCUGUGAUACUGUGUCCCGUUUUUAGGUUUGUAUUAUAUCUUGAAGCCGUUAUAAAUGUUUGGAAUUGCGUGUAUGUGUAAACCUGCAGUGCUCUGCUUUUUACAGUGCACGCAAACUGCUCCGAGACCGCUUAAAAAAAGCAUAUUAUGAUCCCGUUUACACUGACCAUGUAUUUGUAAAAAUUUAAUUGCAGCCUUUUUUAUAAUCUCAUAUGAAAAUACUGAGAUUUUGAUGUUAUUUAAUCAUUUUGCAGCCAUGAAGGAUCAUGAAAUGGGUCUAAAGACACAAUUCACGCAAUUGCUUAAUUUUAUAUCGCCAGCAAAAUCACUGUGAUAAUAUCGUGAAUUUUCUAUGUAUCGCCCAGCCCUACUUUUUAAAUGUGCAAUUUCUCAGAUGUCUCUGUAAUGUCUUGCUUUAAUUCUUCACAAUGUCUCAAUGCUUAAAACAUAAUUUAUUAUUGUUAUUAUCUAAAGUAAACAAAUUCAAAUUUAUUUUCUUUUAUUUAUUUAAUGUAUUAUUUUAUUCAUAUAUGUUUUAUUUUAUUCUGAACAGUGCAGAAGUGCUGCGUUUCCAUAUCUUGACUUGUUAGCAGCAUAUCACUCCAGCGGUCAUGAUUAUAAGAAU